AUGACGGACUACUGGAAGUCGAACGCGAUGCACUGGUGCGAGUACUGCAAGGUGUGGCUGCAGGACAACGUGGUGGCCAUCCAGCGGCACGAGCAGGGGAUGAAGCACAAGCUGGCGGUGCAGAAGCGGCUCGCAGACAUGAAGGUCAGGGCAUCGCAGGAGAAGAAGGAGCAGGAGCUCGCGAAAACGUCGAUGGCCCAGAUAGAGGAGGCGGCGCGGAAAGCCUACGAGCGCGACAUCGCCGCGGGCGUCAUCGAGGGCGAGAAAGUCGCGACCUACAAGGAGCCCGUCGGCCCGUCCCUCCCCUCGCCAGCCGAUGACACAGCGGGCGGCGGGAAGGACAUGCGCGGGUGGUACUUCGACGACGCCAGCGGCUACUACUACCACGACAAGGCCGCGUACUACUUCCACAAGGACACAGGGAUGUACUACGGCGGGGACCCGCAGGAGUGGGUCGAGAGACUCCCCCCCGAGAAGCUGGCGUACUCGUUCCCGCGCGACGACGACGACGGGCUGCCGCGCAACGCGCAGAUCGCGAGCCGUGAGGACGUGCAGCACAAGGUCACGGUGCGGCGCGCGCCGGAGACGAAGCUGGUGCGGACGCAGGUCGGGGGGCACUACAUUCCCAGCACGGGGACGUACGGCGCGUCCAAGGGGGUGUUUUCGAAGAACGCGGGGGGAGUGAAGCGGCGGCGGGACGAGGGCAACGGCGGGAAGCAGGCGGAGAAGAAGGCGGUGUCGAAGGAGGAGGCCGAGGCGCUCGCGAAGCGAGAGGCCGCGCGAAAACGAGUCGACGCGCGAACGAAGGCCUUCUACGGCCUGGGCUAG